CAAAGAAAGACCAUCCUGACGCCUUUUUCUCCUCCUCCAGUUGAAUUCUCUUCCCCCCCAUUGCUUCUCGACAGGCAUUUUCCACUGUCACUCGUUUUUCUCCUUGUCUUGCCUUCCCUCCUUCCCUCCCCUUUCCGUUCUUUUCGUCUUCAUCGUCACACUCGCUGAACCGCGGCUGGUCCUCCCGUUCACCCUGACAGUCGCUACUCCAUACAUAGUACAUACCCACCCACACGUUCCAAUUGAAUCAUCGACCCUCUCCAUUCUGCCCAGUCCCCGCAUUCCGCCCACUGCUAAAAGCCACAUUCCACCCCCGCCUCGAUUCCAUUCCCUUCCCCUCCCCGAUGACACCACCUCAGAGCUUUCGACUCUCUCGUCAGGGCUUCCAACCCCUCUCCAACGACCACCCGGCCGCCAUGAACUCGACCGAUAUCCCCCUCCAGACUGUCGUCAGCCAACCGCUUUCACAUGUACCUACGAGCCGUGACGAGGAGAAUGAGAACGAGAAGUCCGGCUUCUUCCAACGAGGUCGCCGGAAGGUACACAAGGUGGACUCGCGUGGCACGGCGAUCCCAGGCCAGGAUCCGGAUGAGGAGAAGACAGCCCUCAACCGCAUGGGCAGGCUCUACACCAAGAUUCUCAACUUCAGCAUCGUCACCCGCUACAUGAUUUACGUCGCUCCCCUGGCCCUCAUACUCGCAAUUCCCAUCAUCCUGGCUGUAACCGUGUGGAGCGGCAAAGAUGACAAGGGCAGGCCAAAGCACACCGUGGGAGGAGCCGACGUGAGGCGCUUCUUCAUCUGGAUCGAGAUUGUCUGGCUCAGCCUGUGGGCGUGCAAAAUCGUGGCCCAUUUCCUACCCAGGAUCUUCGAGUUUCUCGUCGGCGUCGUGAGUCCCGGCGUGCGGAAGUAUGCCCUGCUGCUCAGGUCUCUCGAGAAGCCCAUGUCCGCUUUCUUCUGGAUGAUCGUCAACCAGGUCACCUUCCCUGUGCUGGUCAACACGGAUCGUGGAUGGUUCCGCAAGAUGCAGUCUGUCCUCCUGGCUGCACUCAUCUGUUCCGCCAUCAUCCUCGCCGAGCGAGUUCUUAUUCAGCUCAUCAGCAUCAGCUAUCACCGGAAACAGUUCGACCUGAAGAUCAAGGAGUCCAAGAGGAAUAUCCACCUCCUUGGUCUCCUCUACGAUGCCUCCCGUGCCCUCUUCCCUGCAUAUUGCCCCGAGUUUGCCGAAGAAGACUACCUCAUCCAAGAUACGAUCGCUCUCGGGCUGGGCAGUAAGAAGGGUACCUUUAAGAAUCACAAGCGUUCUGGGUCCGCUACGCCGAUGAGACUGUUUGCCGACGUGCGCCGUGCUGGCGACAAGGUGACGUCGAUCUUCGGCACCGUCGCUCAGGAGAUUACGGGGAAGAAGAUCCUGGAUCCGAACUCCGCCCACUCCAUUGUGCUAGAGGCUCUCGAAAAGAACCGUUCCGCUGAGGCUCUUGCCCGACGCAUCUGGAUGUCCUUCGUGGUGGAGGGGAAAAACUCGUUGUACCAAGAGGAUCUCAUCGAGGUCAUGGGCCCCAACCGCCAGGAGGAGGCCGAAGAGUGUUUCAAUUGUCUCGACAAGGACGGCAAUGGAGACAUCAGCUUGGAAGAGAUGAUCUUGACAGUCACCCAGUUCGGGCGCGAACGCAAGGCCAUCGCCACGAGCAUGCAUGACGUUGACCAAGCCAUCAAUGCUCUUGACGGCUUGUUGUCCACCAUCGUCUUCGUCAUUUGCGUCUUCGUCUUCGUCGCCUUCCUGAGUCCCAGCUUCACUGCAACGCUGACCACCUCUGCGACGGCCCUGCUCUCGCUGUCCUUCGUCUUCGCUGCCACCUGCCAGGAAGUCCUGGGCUCGUGCGUCUUCCUAUUCGUCAAGCAUCCUUUCGACAUUGGCGAUCGCGUAGACAUUGCCACCGAUGCCCUCACCGUCGAGCACAUCUCGCUCCUCUACACCGUCUUCAAGCGCGUCGCCAAUGGCAAGAUGGUACAGAUCCCCAACAUUGUCCUCAACAACCUCUGGAUAGAGAACAUCACUCGUAGCAAGUCCAUGAGAGAACAGAUCUCCAUCUUUGUCGAUUUCGGCACAUCCUUUGAGGACAUUACCCUCCUGAAGCAGGAGAUGCAGAACUUUGUCCGCGAUCCUCAGAACAGCCGCGACUUCUUCCCGGACAUUGAGAUCGAGGUUGUUAGUAUCGCUGAGAUGAACAAGCUCGAGCUCAAGUGUGAGAUCAAGCAUAAGAGCAACUGGUCCAACGAAGCCCUUCGUUGCGCACGUCGUUCCAAGUUUCUGUGCGCUUUGGUUCUGGCCCUGCGAAAGGUUCCCAUCUAUGGCCCUGGUGGCGGAGACGCCGCUCUGGGUGACGCUGGACAUCCUUCGUGGUCCGUGUCCAUUUCCCCUGACGAAGCUAUUGCUGCACGGAACAAGUUCAAUGCAGACAAGGAUGCGAAGCGUCUCGUUCCUACCAUGAAGCCGGAUGCAGACGAAGACAAGGGCAAGUCGUCGAGCACCGACUACCUCUCACCUGGUAAUGCUGAGACGUCGGCUAUCCACAUUUUGAACAACCGCAAGCCAGGCGCUGACCCGGUUCGGGACGAUACGUGGAACCGUCGCGACGAUGUGAGCACUCUGGGUCGCCCGAGCACUGACACCCGGCCCGAUCUUGACGAAGUGCGCGGCCUCUUGCACAAGGCCAGCAGCAGCGGAAAGCGCAAGCAGUACAUGCAUUCAGAAUCCUCCUCGGAUAUGCAGCCGCCACGCCAGACAAUGCCUCCAAUCCCCAUUCCCGUUAUCCCAUCGACCCAGCCCGCGACCGCGGGAAGUGCAUAUGCUCAGGCUCCGCAGAUGCGUGCUCCAGUAUCUCCUACCUCCAUCUCUACGGGUAGGGUAGAGGAGUACCAGUAUCAAACUAUGGCACCUCCGCCGCAUCCCAUGGUUUCUCAGUCGUCUGCGGCCGAUCCAUCACGCUCUCCCAUUAGCCCUGCCAGCCCUUCCGAUCCGACGAACCCGUACGGCUCCCCUUCGCCGAGGGGCCCUCCGCCGGCCCAGGGGCAGCAUCCUUAUAAGCCUUGA